AUGGACAUUCGUGCUGGCGUCAAUUUCGAACUGUCAGAUGACACAAUUUUCCUUCCUAGGAGUAUCUGUGACAAAUAUGCCGAGAUUGGAAUCACGUCAGUAUUUCCUUGGCAGGCUGCAUGCUUGAAAUUGCCAGGUGUUUUGGAAGGGACAAGAAAUCUAGUUUAUUGUGCCCCAACAAGUGCAGGAAAGACUUUAGUGGCAGAAUUGAUCACGCUGAAGCGAAUCUUGACCACCUCUAAAAAGGCUAUAAUUAUUUUGCCCUACGUGUCUGUAUCAAGGGAGAAAGUGAUUUCUUUACAGCACAUUUUUGAUGGCGUCAAUGUCCGUGUUGGUGGAUUCAUGGGUGGCGUUAGCCCAGCUGGCGGCUUGGCUUCGGUUCGCGUCGCUGUCUGCACAAUCGAGAAGGCUAAUAAUCUCGUCAAUCGUCUAAUUGAAGAUGAUCGUCUCUCUGAUCUAGGCGUUGUUGUUGUUGAUGAGAUGCAUCUCAUAGGCGAUCAACAUCGCGGCUAUCUUCUUGAACUUCUUCUCACGAAGCUACUUCUUUGUGGAAACAAAUGGAGAAAUGGUGAAGAAAGUUGCAUCCACAAUGCCAAAACGGUUGAAGAUCUGCAUAUACAGAUUGUCGGCAUGUCAGCUUCUCUUCCUACCUUGCCAGUUCUCGGUUCAUGGCUUGAUGCUGCUGUUUAUAUCACAGACUUCCGUCCUAUUCCACUCACAGAAUUUGUCUACACCAAAGAAGUUGUCUAUCGUGUAACAGCUGGUGAAGGGGAUGUAUGUGAGCGUCUAGAAUCUAUUAAUUGUGGAGAGUAUGGUCUUUUCAACGCAUCACGGGAGAAGUUACCUAUCGCUGAUAAUGAUGAUGGUGUAUUUGAUUUAUGUUUUGGCACUCUGCUCUCUGGCUUUGCAGCUCUUGUUUUUUGUUCCACAAAACAUUGGUGCGAACAGCUUGCCACGUCGAUGGCUGGACAUGUUUAUAACUUAAUCUGCACUCUGUGCCAGAUAUGUCGAUUGGUGAAACCAUACCUCAAAAUGCAGGGCGAAUGGCCUGUAAAUGAAGCUUCCGAUUGUGGCUGGACACUAAGGAAACAGCUAAACGAGGUGGACCUCAGUGAAUGCCUGCAGCAUCUAAAGCGAUGCCCUGCUGGACUCGAUCCCGUGCUUUCGCAAUGCAUCCCAUUUGGCGUCGCAUUUCAUCAUGCCGGUGCGUCUAUGUCCCAUUUCCAUGAGCUUUUUGUUUUGCGAAAUGGUUUUUCUCUGACUUACCUGGGGUUUCGAACUGCGAUCUUAGAUGGGACUACCUUACAUUACCGCGUUGAUUGGUUUUUCGCCAUAUACCACAGACAUAGAAUGCCUCUAGGUCUCACCAUAGAAGAACGUGACAUAAUCGAGUUGGCAUUCCGCAAGGGUCACCUUCGUCUCCUCAUUGCUACAUCUACUCUGAGCUCGGGUGUCAAUCUGCCAGCACGUCGAGUGAUAAUUCGUACCCCGUUCUUCCACGGCCAAACACUGGGCUAUCUGGACUACAAGCAGAUGGUCGGUCGAGCUGGCCGCAAGGGCAUUGAUGUACGAGGUGAGAGUGUGCUGAUUUGCAAGUCGAAAGACCUUCCAAAAGUGCGCCAUCUUCUGAGCUGUGGUAUGCCACCGGUUGCCUCCUGCUUGUUGAAGCAGAGUGGAACUCCUGAGUCGAGCCUGUGUAGAGCCAUUUUGGAGGUUAUCACCAGUGGUAUCGUUGAAAGUGUAUCAGAUGCCAAAGGCUACAUGGAGGCUACUCUUCUCUCAGCCUGUCUCAAAGCCUCUUCCAAGUCCAAGUCAACACCAAUUUCUCGAUCACAUAAAUCUUCGAUGAGCACCGGCUCGGACGAGACUGACUCCCUUCUUUCAGCCUGUCUUGAUGUCCUCACGGGGAGUGAGUUAGUUUUGAGACCUCCAGGUGACGAAGAAACCCUUAAACCGACACAAUUGGGUAGAGCUGUUCUGGCUUCCGCACUUGGACCCGUAGACGGAUUGACAGUUUUCGCUGAGCUCUCGAGGGCAAGUCGCAGCAUCGCUUUGGACACUGAUCUGCAUCUAGUUUAUUUGGUGACUCCCAUCUACCUCAAUCUUGAUACCAACCUUGACUGGUCUCGCUACCUCGAAAUCUACCAAUCAUUGUCCCCACCAGAGCGACGCGUAGCUGAGCUCGUCGGCGUGGAGGAGCGCGAUCUCGUACGCUGCCUUUCGGGCGCAGCGAUGGUCAAGAGGACUCUACCACAGAUGCAACGCUUCUACCUCGCUCUGGCUCUGCAUCGUCUCGUGUGCGAGGAUGGAUUGACCGAGGUGGCAGAGCGUUUCAACAUCAACCGGGGCCUACUGCAGAGUCUCAUGCAGCAGGCCUCUACCUAUGCAGGCAAUUGGGCUGUUUUUUCUUCCAGCAUGGUAACUGUGUUCUGCAACCGUCUCGGUUGGAUCCACAUGGAGCGUCUGUUGGAAGGUUUUCAAAUGCGCCUUUUAUUUGGUGUAUCUAACGAACUCAUCGAUCUGCUUCGUCUCUCUCCUCUGCUAAAUACUAGUCGAUCCCGCAUUCUCUAUCAGGCUGGCUUUACAUCCAUAGCUUCGGUGGCCAGAGCUCGACCAAAGCAAAUUGAACGGGUGUUGCAGCGGGCAAAUCCGUUUAUUAGGUCCGUUGAGCUCUUUUUUCCCAUUGAUGUACGGAUGACAGAAGUCAUUGGAGACGUUGACUCUUUCGUGGCUCAGGGUGAUAGCAUGUGCGCAAGCGACCGUCAUUUAGCCUCUCCCGUUGUACAUAUUUCCAUUGUGUUUAGUGAUAAGAACCGGAACCAAGUACGUUCUCCUCGGUCGAUUAUGCUGCCAGAUGGUUCUGUCGUUAGCGAAAUGGAACUGGCUUUAUUACUGACAUGCAAAGCACAGGAUGUUCUUCAGAACGAUCUUGUCUGCAAUUACGGUGUUGACUUGCCGGCUGAUGUUGCGGUAUCUCCUUUCACAUCCUCAUCAAAGCGACGUAAGUUAUCCCAUUUAACUUGCGUCGAAAUGGAGCCUGCAUCAACACUCUCUGCAGGCAUCGAUACACCUGGCAAGAAGAGUUCCAUAAAGGACUCCAGCAUCAGUAGGGCUUCCACUUCUCACAGCGUUCGUGGUAGACUAUCUACUACAACGAAGUUUGCUUUGGCACUUGCCGCAGACGUUCGGGUGCCUGCUAUCCAGAGCACCCUUGAUCACGACUGUAUUUGUGUCUCAUCCGAUCCCCACGCCGCUUGUAGUCAAGUGCCUUUAUUUCCUCGAUUCGAAAAGGGGUCUACUUCAUCUCCUAUUCCACGUGGUCAUUCACCCGCCAAUACCUGUGGUCCUCUUACUAAUUCGGUUAUGCUGAUGACUAAGGAAACACUUCAGCUCAAUGACACGAUGACUUUCUCAAUGAUGGAACGUUUUGCCGAGAGUGUCAACACAGAAUUGGCAGCUGAUACUGUCAGUAACGAAGAUAUUUUCAGCAGUCAAAUAUCCAAUUCCUCAACCGGCGAAGAUUCAAGUAAAGAUGCUACUCCUAUCUCUGCUUUGGUGGAACAAUAUGAGCCAGUUGGUGCAUCUACUUGUCGACCCCUCUUUUCCUUAAUUGAUGUCACAAGAACACCCCAGUUAUGGAUGAUAUUUAAGCGCGAAUUUGAAAGCUUCCUUGAUUCCAACACAGACGUCGGAAUACACUGGCUGGCCGUCCAACCACAUUGGCAAAUUUUGGCAAGCCGAGAGGCCUGUAAGGAGGCUAUGAAGAGCAAUGCUACGUUCAUCUGGCAUGAUGGCUGCGGUGGAAGGCGGUCCCAUGGGAGCACCUGCUCUGGAGUCUGUCUUCAACUAAUGGGUCUCACUAUCUCCUCCUCGCGUUUGCGUCCGCAGACUGUUUUCUGGCUCCCAUUUCAUGUUCAAGAUGUGGAUGUGUUGAAAAGCCUUAAACGUCUUUUGGCGCGUCCUCGACUUGGACUGGUGGUGUCAGACUUGAAGUGGUGGCUCCGCGUUUCCAUUGAACUUCUAAAUUUCAAGGUUGAUUUUGUGGAAAGGUUUCAUGAUCCUGGGACACAGGCCUGGUUGGAAAAUCCAGACGCUGGAAGACCUAGACUCGUGGACGUAGUUCCGGAUGCCUCUGCUGUGGUUAACGCCCUUUUUUCCAUGGGUUACCGCCUUGAUGGAAACCAUGCAAAUGUAUGUGUAGAUCCACCAACACAGUUGUGCAACUGGGUCGAAUCGGAACUGGCUAGCACUUCCUCCCCGCUUCUUUUGGAGUCCUACUUCUCGCCACCCAUUUUGAACACUGCAGCUCAAUGUUUUCUUCUCUCAUUGGUCCACCCACCUUCCUCUCCCUCCUUUGCUCUCCAGUUAGAACUGUCGAUAGCCUCACUACUCGCUAAGUCGGAGUCCCAUGGUUUCGAUCAUGAACAACUUUUCCAUUUAGUUCUAAACUACUCCAUUCUCAGUGAAUGUCGGACUGAGCUGAAAAGGGUUUGUGACUCGCUUGUCAAGUUGGCUCAUGCCCUCGUUGGUUGUGCGUUUGAUCUUGGUUCUCCACGUGAAGUUGCGGACAUACUCUAUAACCGACUACACCUUCCAGUCUACACUAGUCUGGCUGCGGAAUUGGCCGCCAGCAAACGCGUAAAGAAAAGCCAUUGCGGUAUUGGGCUGCGAACACGACCACGGCAGCUGCCGACAAACAAUCAGACGCUCUCUCAUUUGGCUCAUGCGCAUCCUCUACCAACCAUUGUGAUAGAGUGGAGACGGAUUAAUGGAGUGCUAGAAAAAGGAUUCAGCGGAAUUGCCAGGGCUUGUGAGAUGGCUCUGGAUCGGCAUGACGUGGCCUUUCCUUCAGAGGUUAGGGUUGGCUGCAUCUACAGAACAUUCAGUGCUAACGGUCGAAUCAUUUCUACUUACCCAAACCUUCAGGCCGUUCCGAAGGUGAUAAAUUUCUCGUGGUCUGGUCUCCUCCACCGACCCCCUCCAAUGCUACGAAACGAUAUCGUUGCCGUCUCAAAAGUGUCUGCUAGUGUUGAAUGGCCGGAAACAAUAGCUGAUGUACUUCGACCCUUCACUGAGAAGGCUGAUUUGGGUUUGCGACCACGCUCUGCUUUUGGAGCUGCGAAGGGCUCACUGCUGGUGUCGGCGGAUUUUAACCAUCUGGAGUUACGCAUCCUUGUCCAUUUGAGCCAGGAUAGUGUUCUCGUUCCAAUGCUACAAUCUACCAAUCAGGAUGUCUUCAAGGAGCUUGCUGCUCAUUGGCUGAACCACAAGGAUGUCAGUUUGGUGACAGAUGAGGAGAGGCAGCAGGCCAAACGACUCUGCUACGCCGUCAUCUACGGCAUGGGCGCGAGCAGUCUCGCUUCGGAAAUUGGCGUUACGCCUUCAGAGGCCCAGACUCUAAUCGACAAAUUUAUGACAUCCUUUUACGGCGUAGCUGAGUUCAUCCGUCGAACAAUCGAAACGGUUCGCGAUCAGGGAUUUGUUCGAACUCUGGGUGGUCGUCUACGUAAAAUACACGGCUUCAAGUCGUCAAAAUCCAAUUCGAGCCCGUCAAAAUGUCCUUCACCAUGUAGGUUCUCGAGCAUUUUGAAUGGCAACCUUCCCGAAUUUUGUAAUCCUGAAAAGGCAACUAACGUUUACAUCUUCCCACUAGGCGGAGCGUCAGGCCGUCAACAGCAUGAUCCAAGGCAGUGCAGCGGAUAUCGUCAAGUUGGCAAUGCAACGGGUCGAAUUGGCCCUGCAGCGAGAGGCAAAUGUGUUACGCCAGAAGCCAGUGUCCCGGUGAUCUGCAAUAUCCUGCGACGUGAGAUGCCCAGAGCGAAUCAAGCUUUUAAAAUGAACAUCCCGCUACCGGUGAAAGUGAAGGUGGGCUCCAACUGGUCAGAUCUCCGAGAGGUUGGUGUUCCAACGCCUUGCUCCUACCAAAGGUCGAAUCCCGUUAUAAUCGCGUCAGCGCAUGCAAAUCCUUCAUUGAAAUCCAAUGGACACUCGGAGGUAGUUCAGAUCAUGUUGUGGGGUCUCAUUCCCUCAUUUGUGUCAAAUGCGCUGGAGCAGGCCUCGUCUGGUGGAAAAUUUGCCACGGCAAAUGCCAGAGCUGAGAAUAUUCUUGAACGACCCUCCUACAUGGAUUGUAUUAAACACCAUCGAAGAUGCGUUGUGGUGGUUCAGGGUUUUUACGAAUGGAAGAAACUUGCAGGAGGCAAUAAAACACCGUUCUUUAUUUCCCUCCCUGGUAAAACCGUAAGGUUCCUGCAUCAACUGAUUAAUAAGUUAAAACUUCUCGAAUUGAAGAUAUAUCCUGUCACUCCUUUGAUGAAUUCCAUUUCAUUUGACUGUCCGCAAUGUAUUGAGCCCUUGGACAACUCGAAACCUUCGAUUCAGGACCUUUCAAAGAACAAAAAGAUUGAUCACUUUUUCACUAUGAAACGAAAAAUGAGCGAAAGCACUGAAUUUGCACUUGGAGAAGAAUCCGUUCCGAAGAAAAGGCUUGAGGAUUUGUAA